AUGGACGAAGUAAUGAAGGAGUUCAUUGAAGAAUGUUUUGAAGAGCCUUUGGAAAUUGAUGAGACGUACGAGUUUGAUGCGUCUUCUUUUUUUGAUUUUACGAGGCCGGAAUCUGAUUCUGAGAUUGAGGUGGCCGAGCGCUGGUUUGAAAUUUCUGGAGAUUAUCCCCCCUCUCCUUUCUUCGUGAAGUUGAAUUUGGGAAAGGUGUUUUCCGUGGAUGUUGUACACAACUCUUCCAAUUCAAAAGAUAGCAAAAAGGUGAAUCCAAUGAGUAAUAGUUCAGAUGUUGAGAAUCAACAUGUUGCCUCUUCAUCCAAAAAGAACACUAAAGGAGCAAGUAGUCACAUACUUCAAAAUAGUGCAAAAACGAAAACCAAUUCAGCUACUAAACUAUGCCAAUCAAGGAGUUCAACCCUAAUGAGACCUACAGCUAGUCAUUUGGCAAAACAAAAUAAAUUGGAAGAUACGCGUUCGAGCUGUGUCUGUACAAGGUUCCAAAAAAACACCAUCAAGGUUGAGGAAAAAAUCGCUCAGAGUCCUCCCAGAUUUAAUAAUCCUGCAACCAAGAGACAAAAACUUGAGAUUGGUUAUUUGCGAAAGGUCACCGUUCCUAAAGAACCAGAACUGGAAACAUUGCUACGAGCACAAAAGCGGAGGUCCAAAAAUAGUUCUGAGUCCAGUGAACACGAGAAACCAAAAGCAUCCGCCUUUAGAGCACGCCAAUCCAAUAGAAAAAUUCUACAGGCUCCUUUGUUAAACUUACACCAACCUAAAAAGAAGACGGAGUUUCAAGAGUUUCACUUGAAGACCACGGAGAAGGCAACCCAACAUGUAUCUGCUAAUGUACUAAGUUCACAUACAGCUGCUUCUCAUUUACGAAGUGGUGGAUCAGACUCAAAGAGCCAGUGGACUAAUAUAGGUAUUCCAAUAUGGUUAACUGUUUUCCGACCAAACUCUAGGGAUACCUUGAAGCCUGAGAAACGUGGCACUUCGCUUAAUUCUAAAUCUCAAAAGGUGUUUCCAAGUAUGCCAGAUGAUGCUUUCAUUCAAGACGUUAAACAGGAAGUGAGGACCCUAACAGUUAAUUCGAAAGAAUUCAAGAUUCAUUCUGAUAACAGUCUCUCACAGAUUCCACCAAUGGAGUUGUUCACUAAGCUUUCCCUGCGGUCAGAUAUUGAAACCAAUGAAGUAUCUCAGCCUAAGAAGCAAGUGUCGAAUAAGGGUUCGAAGGAGAAUGUCCCUGGUUCUUUGCAACCUGAAUUCUGGCUGAAAUCUUACGAAUAUAGCCAGUCCUUUCUUUGUAGAGCACCAGAGGCUGUUGAAUAUUCUGGCAAUGUAAAGCUUCUUCAGUUCUCAGCUGGUAAAGCGUUGCGAUCACAUGGCUAUGGUCAGGGGUAA